AUGACUGGGAAUAAACGAUGUGUUCUGUUUUUUAGUACUGCUGGCAAACCUAUUUAUUCGUAUGGGUUCGAGGAUCAGGAUGAACUAAACGUUAUAACAAGCUCUUUGACAGCUUUACUGUACAAAGCGUCAUAUGUAUUAUCAAAUAAUGAAGUCACCAAUUCAAAUUUAAUAGAAUCAGAUAAACUUACAGAGAUAGAUUCUUUGAAAUGGAUGUGUUCAGAGUCACAUCGGAUCGUGUUUUUAGAAAGGCAAGGAAUAUACUUAGUAUGUAUCUCUUCAUAUCCACAAGAUCCUAUAGGAUAUAUGAGGGGAGUUCUAGAUUACAUGUAUUAUCAAUUUAUUGUACUUAUAACAGGAUCUAUUCAUAAUACACUAAAAGCUAGGCCUAACUUUGAUGUCUCUCAAAUGUUAAGUUUCACAGAUAUUGGUAUAUUGGACAACUGUAUCAGCGCUAUACAAGAAAAUUUUGAUGCAAUGUACUGGACUUAUCCACUACAAAGGUUUGGUAGGAACUUGUCAAAGAAAAAAAGUGCAGCUAAGUAUUUCAAUAAUGCUGAUAAAUAUCCUUUUGAUCCACCAGCUAUUUAUAUAGAAACCCAACUACUAGAUGUUUCAUAUAGAAAUAAGGUGCAUGAUUUAUUAAGAUUUAGCCACAAGAAUCUUUUAGGUGGUGCUCUGUUUGUAUAUAAUCGCAUUAUUACAUGGUUUGGAUCAAAAUAUAUUCCUGUCUUCCCUAGUACAGAUUUCGUGCUACUAAAUAAUAUUAUUGUUUCUUUUACUAAAAGCAAGUCAUCUACUUCUGAUGAGCUAUGGAUUCCUAUUUGUUUACCUUGUAUUAGUUCAUCAUCUUACAUAUACUGCUAUAUGCAUUAUUGGAAACAAGAUAAUACUAGUAAUCUGGAUCGAAAUAUCUGCUUUGUAAUAUUGUCAUCUGACAGUGACAUAUCUAUAUUUGAGUUAUUUUCUGCCCAUUCAAAUAACUGCAAAAAUAAAAUAUUAAAAAGUGAUACACUAUUACACCCUACAUCUACUAUAGUUUCAUCUCGAAUUUCCUUAAGUUUGCUAUACUCCGAUCCAGAUCUAUUUAAUGUUGAAAUUUAUCACUUUAUGUAUGCUGUGGUUAGCCAAAGCUGCUAUAUUUCUAGUGAAAUUCAUCCAGAUAUAUAUGACACCAAAAAGUCUGUAUAUAUUUAUCAGAAAUACUUCAAAUGUGCUGAAUUGGCUAAUUCCCAAUUAUCACGGAAAAGAACAAGCUCGUGUAUGAUAAUAAUUAGAACUAUUAGUGAGAAUUUCCUUCUCCUUAUUACAUCUGAGUUUCAUCUAUUUGCUACUUUCUCAGGUAGAUCUUUAAUAAACCAGCAAAUAAUUAAUGCUACAAUUAAAAAUUUGAAGCGCCUUGAAAGAUUUAUACUUUUGAGAUGA